UUUUGGCUCAUGAUCAGCUCUGUAAAAAAAACAUUCGGUUCUAAUCGCUAGUUGCUCACGGGUCUGUUGACUAACAAAUUUUAGAAGCUUUACUUCUCUUCCAUCAAAUCUCCAAGGGGGAAAAAUACAAUAGCCACACAAUAAAACUGCAAAUUGAUUCAUGUAGUUGUAUAGCCAUAUAUCAUUAAGUUAGAUACUUACUAUAAUAAGCCACAAAAAGAGAGAGGUCUUUUGUCCUAAAGACGGCUAAUCCUUGGGACGAAAAGUUCCAAAAUAACUGUAUUCUUUUUGUUUGACUUCUUUUCGGGUUAUGGAUUCAUCUCGUGAAGCUAAACACGAUCAGGAGGAGGAGAGAAGAGAAGAUGAAGCAGCUGCUUCUUUGGUGGAUGUAAAUCUCAUGGUGGUGCUUCUCUCUCAGCUUUGUACGAAGGACGACGAAGAUGAUAAGAAUUUGGAGAAAGAGAGAAGAGAUCAUGUUGCGCAUGAGAUUCGUGAUUCCAGAGCACGUGCAAACAAGAGGUUUAUGAAGGAAUCAAAGCUCAUGGAGAAAAGGACACAUGUGCUUCAACCCAUGGCUAAGGAAUUCAGGUCCAGGAGAAUGUGAAGGGUCAUCAUGACCGGUGAUCUUGUACGUGAUUGCCCUAGAAGCUGAAAGCAAUCAUCAUAUUUUUUUAAUUGCAAUCAAAAUUUUGGUAUUGAGCAUUAUGAGAAGAUGGAAAAGAUGAAGAGAGUUUUCCCAUCAAUGUAAUAUUUUCAAGUAUUUACUUUGUAAAGAACAUAUAUUAUUUGUAUCACUACAGCUAAGAUGCAGUUUUCUUUUUAACCUAACAUGGAAAAUAGGUCACACAUCACAAGUGAGAAUUUGAAGAACCCAACAAAAAUGUACACACCAAUAUAUAUUCAAGACAUUUAAGAAAUUUUUAUUUCUUACUAUGGUUUUUCAUAUAUUUUGGAAAAUUCAUUUUUUGUUUACUUAUAAAAACUAAAAAAUCUAAAAAUAUAAUAUACUGAAAAAUUUGUGUUUACGAAAUAAUGUAAGAGACUCUUUAUUUCAAUACUAUAUUAGUAUAAUAAAAAAUUCAAUCAGUGAUAUGAAAUAAAUCCUAAAAGCAUAUGACAUAACCUUAACUAAAAAUAUAUGACUUAUAAUAAAUUUAACCUUACAUUUUUCUAUUAAAAUACAAAUUAAGUUACCAAUAACUCCUUUAGGUUCAUUAUUGAAAAAACAUCCUACCAUCCAGUUAUGCAAUAUACUGGCACCAAAAACCCAGUCAAAUAAACCUCCGAUACGAACAAUAGGCCCAAACACAAGACGACUACGUGUGUAAUCUUCUCCAUGGUCGGUAGGUGACCUAAAAAUAACAUGGAACCAUGAUUAACAGCCAGUAACACCUACCUAAUCUCCCUUAAUCAAUCAUUGUUAAUUAAUAACUUUACGUCCAUAACCUAACCCACAAUCUUUUUAACUUUUUUUCUCACAACUUGAGACCAUUAGUUAUGUUAAACUUGAAUUAAUAAAUAAUUGAACUCACAUGAGAUUGUCGGAUCGGCAGUUCGGCACUGACCUUGGUCGACACAUCACACAAGUCGUGAGGUAAAUUCGGAAAUAAAACCAAAACUCGCCAGCCUACAUACUCUUUAGUAUUAAAACUUUCAUAAGUAGUUUAAU